CAUUCACUUUGGAAAGGCUAAGACCUUAAAAUGCAAAACAACUAAAACCCCACAGAAUUGCAAUUGCAACUUCGAAACGAAAAACAGUAACCAUGGCAGGCACAUCAAGAACGCUCUUGAGCCUCUCUCUCUCCACGGCAACAAAGCACUAUUACCCUUUUCUUAGAUUCCCAAAACCCAGCAGGGUUUUACUGCGUUUUAACUUUAAACCCCUUUGCACCACCACUGCCUCAGCCACAGGUACUGAAACAUCCACCACAACAACAUUCUCAGACCCAGACCAAGCAAAGCACUCAAUCCUUUUAGAAAGACUCAGGCUUAGACACCUCAAGAACUCCUCAAAAACCCAACAACUCAAAACCCAAACCCAAACCCAAACAAAGUUAGUUGUUAAUGUUGAGACUGAAAAAGAUGAUAGCUUUAACAAGUCAAAGAAAGGAAAAAAGAUUGCGGGUAGUUUUGAGGAGUUGAGUUUGAGUGAUGAGGUAAUGGGUGCUGUUAGAGAAAUGGAGAUUGAGGUUCCUACUGAGAUUCAGUGUAUUGGGAUUCCUGCUGUUUUGGAUGGUAAAAGUGUAGUCUUGGGGUCUCAUACUGGGUCUGGUAAGACUUUGGCUUAUAUGCUGCCUCUUGUUCAGUUGCUAAGACGGGAUGAAGCAUUGUUGGGUCUGUUAAUGAAGCCUAGGCGUCCUCGGGCUAUUGUUCUAUGCCCUACGAGAGAGCUAUCUGAACAGGUCUUUCGUGUGGCAAAGUCUAUCAGUCAUCACGCCCGAUUCAGGUCUACCAUGGUCAGUGGCGGUGGCCGAAUGCGACCACAGGAAGACUCAUUAAAUAGCCCCAUUGAUAUGAUAGUUGGGACCCCUGGCAGGAUUCUACAACAUAUUGAGGAUGGGAAUAUGGUUUAUGGUGACAUAAAAUACUUGGUAUUGGAUGAGGCAGACACCAUGUUUGAUCGUGGCUUUGGUCCUGAUAUUAGGAAGUUUCUGGGCCCAUUAAAAAAUCGUGCAUCAAAACCUGAUGGCCUAGGGUUUCAAACGAUUUUGGUCACUGCAACAAUGACAAAGGCAGUUCAAAAGCUGAUUGAUGAGGAGUUUCAAGGAAUAGUCCAUUUGCGCACAUCAACACUGCAUAAAAAAAUAGCAUCUGCUCGCCAUGAUUUUAUAAAACUUUCAGGUUCUGAAAACAAGCUGGAAGCACUGUUACAGGUCCUUGAACCAAGUUUGGCAAAGGGAAACAGGGUGAUGGUGUUCUGCAACACUUUGAAUUCCAGCCGUGCUGUUGAUCACUUUCUUGCUGAAAAUCAAAUCUCUACUGUCAACUAUCAUGGGGAAGUUCCAGCUGAACAAAGGGUUGAAAAUCUCCAGAAGUUUAAGAGUGAUGAUGGAGACUGCCCGACAUUGGUCUGCACCGACUUGGCUGCUAGGGGACUUGACUUGGAUGUAGAUCACGUUGUCAUGUUUGAUUUCCCCUUGAACUCUAUUGAUUACCUUCAUCGCACAGGAAGAACUGCUCGUAUGGGUGCAAAAGGGAAAGUGACAAGCUUGGUGGCUAAAAAGGACUUGCAGUUGGCUGCUCGAAUUGAGGAGGCAAUUAGGAAGAAUGAGAGCUUGGAAUCCCUCACUACAGAUAAUGUUCGGAGGGAUAUUGCCAGGGCUCAAAUAACUGAACAGAAGGGGAAGAAAGCAAAAUUGAUAAAACUAUCCAGUCAAAAGAACAAGAUUAACACUAUAGCAGACAAAUCUUCUACAAACAGCACUAAGGCUGCAUCCUCAGUAAAUAAAUCUCGAAAAGCAUCUACUCCAGCAAAAUCUGUAAAGGCCGUUAAAGUUGCAAAGACACUGAAGAUCUCCCGGAAAACAUCAUCUCCAGGGUUAACAAUGUUUCCAUCAGAGUCAUAAAUGAUGACACCUGAAAAGUCUGGUAGCUGGCACUUCCCGCCCAUGAGUAUGUUCUUCUGCCAAACUGGAACUCCUUGCUGUUGCUGUUCACCACUAACCAAUAGUUCAUCAUUAUUGCAACUGCGAGCACCAUACACUCCUGUACUAAGUAUUAAAUUGUCAGUGUUAAGUUCUAUAACAGGAUUAUGGUUGGAGGAACCAUAGCAAGAACCUAAGCGACGCCAUUUGCGGGAAUGCGAAGCACACAUAAACAAGACAAAGGCGCACAAGAGAAGAGUGGUUGCAGCUAAGCCAGCUUGUGAUGUGCUUAGUGGUAUUUGUUUCAGGUGAAGUUGGCGAGCCAUUGGAAAUUUGAUGUUGGUCCUGUAUUGUGUGAGAUUAUACGGAAGUCUGUAUAUAAUAUACACAUAGAACCUGGGGUUGUUGGAUUUGGAGGAUUUGUUAGGGUUUUGGAUAAGCAGAACUGAGGAGAGGGUGUUUGUGGUUUUGGUGGUGACCAGUGACUGACUAUGAUAAUGCUGUUUUUUUCUCUUUGAUUAUGCAUGUUUUGUUUUGUUUA